ACAUCCGACUGUAACGCGCAACAGAAACGCCUCCCCCCAAAAUGAGCCAUCAUUUUGGAAGGAUUAAUUCGUCCUUGUUUCCGCCGGCAAGCGCCGAUGGUCCGCUUUUCGCUCGCUUCCUGUCUUGAAACCACUCCGCUAUAGAACGUGAUGAAAUUUAAUCAAGGACGUGUGCACUCUUCCACCAUCUUCAUCGCUCUCGGCUCGCUUUAUCUUUCGCUCGGGCCGGAAAUCAGCGAGCCGCGAUGAACGGUUUCGCGCCGUAUUUGCAUGAAUUGGGAUUUAUUUAUUCGAUCGAUCAGCGAUGAUUGGGAAGAUAUUUGUCUGGACAUUGUAUGGGUGAUGGAAUGGCGGUACGUGAGGAUCGGCUAGUCGUUGAUUUCGUCGCCUUCUGACUUAUCAGCGUGUAAAUUGAUUAGUUCCGUGUGAAGGAAAUUUAUGUUUGCAUAUUGAUCGACUUUGGAAUGAUGUUUUUUUUUUAUUUGGAGCAAACAGAAAUGUGCUCACACAUUUGGUUGUGUACACAGCAGCAAUUUAAUUUCUUUGAGCACAUUGAGCAAAUUACGUUUCUUAGUAAUUUUAGAGAAGCAAUUUUUUUAGUACGGAGUCAAUAUACAUUUUCUUCUUUUAAUGAGGCUUUACAAACAAUUUAAAGGACUUUAUCUGUUGCCGAAGUCGCUUAAAUUGUUUCGGAUUGAUAACUUCAUCACUGGAUCUCAAUCUAGGUUUGGAUUAUCCGGUAUCAUUCUCGUUACAUAACCAACCAACUAAAAUCUGGCGAGCUUGUGUCAAUAAUGAGGUCAAUGAGGAUACAACAUUAAAUUCUUCUGAUCAUAUUUUUUCGAUCACUGAUAAAAGGUUUAAUAUAUCAAACUUUUUGGUGGAGACGCCUAGUACCUUUAGAUCAUGAAAUGAUAUGAACAAUCAAUUGACACUUUCUUACACAAAGGAGUUAAAAAUCCAUCACAGAAUAUUACUUUUAACCAGUACUAAAAUGAAUUUAGUCAGCUUUGAACAGAGUUCAUGUUUUAAAGGUAGAUUAGAAUAUGUACUAUUAGUCUAUCCAUGGAGACGCCUAGUACUUUUGGAUCAUGUAAUUAGAUGAACAAUCAAUUGACAUUUUCUUACACAAAGGAGUUAAAAAUCCAUCACAGAAUAUUACUUUUAACCAGUACUAAAAUGAAUUUAGUCAGCUCUGAACAGAGUUCAUGUUGGAAAGGUAGAUUGGAAUAUGUACUAUUAGUCUAUCCAUGGAGACGCCUAGUACUUUUGGAUCAUGUAAUUAGAUGAACAAUCAAUUGACACUUUCUUACACAAAGGGGUUAAAAAUCCAUCACAGAAUACUACUUUUAAUCAGUACUAAAAUGAAUUUAGUCAGCUCUGAACAGAGCUCAUGUUGGAAAGGUAGAUUUGAAUAUGUACUAUUAGUCUAUCCAUGGAGACGCCUAGUACUUUUUUAUCAUGUAAUUAGAUGAACAAUCAAUUGACACUUUCUUACACAAACGAAUUAAAAAUCCUUCACAGAAUAUUUCUUUUGAUCAGUAGUAGAAUGAAUUUAGUUAGCUUUGUACAGAGCUCAUGUCUCAAAGGCAGAUUUGAAUAUGUACUAUAAGUCUAUCCAUGGAGACGCCUAGUACCUAUUGUUCAUGAAAUGAAUAAGAAAUUUUAACAUUCUUGCACAAAGCAGUCAAAAAUCCUUCACAGAAUAUUUCUUUUAAUCAGUACUAAUAUGAAUUUUUGAAACUUUAGUGGUAGAUUUGAAUAUGUUCUAAUAGUCUAUCUAUGGAGACGCCUAGUACCUUUGGAUCAUGUAAUUAGAUGAACAAUAAAUUUUAACAUUGUUACUCAAAGGAGUCAAAAAAUCGUCACAGUAUAUUACUUUUAACCAGUACUAAAUUAAAUUUAGUCACCUUUGAACAGGGCCCAUGCAUGAAGGCAAAUUUUAAUAUGUUUUUCUUUUUAGUAUUCAUUCCAUGGAGACGCCUAGUACCUUUUGAAAACGCAUUGAUAUGGACUAAAGAAAUAAUUCAUUCUUUAUUGCAAAAGUGUUUUUCUCAUAACAAAGAUUUGCAAAUCGAAGCUCAUAGAUUUUUUACAAUAUAAGAAUCGAUUGCCUUAAAUUUUUGCAUGAGAUGUUACAAAUAUCUGGCAUUACUUGAUAAUAAUGCUUUAAAAUGUUUUCCUUCAAUAAUGCUUUUAAAUUCCCGAUUAUUUUUGACAAAAGCAUUUUAAUUAUAUGCCAACACACAUCUAAACACACAAAUUUACACUAAGAGUUAUAAACAAAAUAAAUCUAAAAGAUAAUUUCCGGGUUGAAAACAUUUACAACACCUUAAGGUACAGCAUGACUGGAAUCCAGUGGGAUAUAUCAUGCAUCACCUUUCACUUUAAUCAGCUUUAAUGCGAAGAAACCGAUUCGUUCGAGCAUAAAGAUUGGUACAGGUUGCAAAAGGUUUGAUUCGGUCCGUUACAUAUCCGCGCAAAACCGUGUAUUUCCCCCAAGUACAACGAAUGAGCAGAUUCACACGCAGAUUUAUUGAAGCCCAUUAGGGAGAGUGAGCGAGAGAGAGAGAGAGAAAGAGACUGGGAGCUGUACACAUGCUCUGAGUAAAAGCACACUUUUCCAUGAGCACCAUGGGAAAGCUGGUGUGGGGUGGUUUUUCCAGCAAAAAUAAAGGAACACACGGUUGGUUGAGCAUACGAACAGGGCGCAGGCGUUUCGUACAUGAACGGGUUUUUUGACAGUUCUCUCGUUUUUUUGUGUGUGUGUGUGUGUGUUGUUUUUCGGAAGAAAGGGAAUCCUUCCAACGGAUGACACAGUCCAAAGUGAUACGUAAAUCAUACAAUGAGUGGGAGCAGAUCAAGAGUAAGAGAGAGAAAGAGAGAGAGAGCUUUGAGAAAAAAGCAAACUGUAAAACUGAUAUGUUUAGUGUGGAAAGCUGAACGUCAGCACACGGUUGUGUAUUAUUCCUGGAGCAUUGCAAAUGACGUUGCGUUAGGGUUUCAUGAUGAUGAUGGUGACGUACACAGCACGCACAACUUCGCACACGCACCUUUGAAUUCGUGUCCCUAUCCUAGCUGCGAAACCUUCACAAACUCAACCGGACACAUCUCCAUCGCCUGAAGCUGACCAGAACUUUCCACCAUGAUCAACCCGUUUUUGAUGUCACUCGCUUUGAUCUCUAGUUAACACCUGCUCAGUUUGCUGAAACGUAUAAUUGGAGCAACCGGACGCACGCUGGGCACACACACACACACACUUUAGCUCACCUUGCUAAGGUCACGGGGAGCGGUCGCCACGGUAGGGUAAGGGUAUCAGGGUACACAGGAAGUUGCGCUCAGGGUCGCUCCACCGGAAGCAAGAGAUUGUGCGCGGGAUGAUACGCUUUUCACUCUUGGACGGGUGCAUCUCAAGGCCAGGGAACAAGAAACAGAGCGCACUGUUGGUCGGUUCACACGUGCAACGAGAAGGAAAUUCUUCUCUCUGUAUGUGUGCGUGUGUGUGUGUGUGUUCUCCAAAGAAAAGCUAACUGUGUACGGUGUGCAGUGCAGCAACUUUGUCUUGCAUUUCGUUCCGAAUAUUUGCUGACGCGGUAUUUUGUGUGUCUUUUUUUCUGGGUUGUUUGGGUAACAACAAAAAAAAGAACGCACAAGGUUAAAGGACACAACACGACAGAAUUUUGCAGACGAUGGCAAAAUCCCGGGCACACCGAAAACUGUGUCAAUGAGCCAGAAAGUGAAACAAGCUCAACAUGGUAGAGGACGAUUAGCCGCAACAGCAACAACAACAACAAAGUGGAAGGAAGUGCUGAUAAGGGAUGCCAUUUUAUCCCUUCCCUUCCUUGCUUCAGCUGCUGCAUUCCAUUGUGUUUCGUUGCUUGCGAAACGACAUUUUCCCGAAUCAAGGUGGUCGUGCGUCACAUACGUCACAGAGUCAUUCCCGGUGAUAAGCACGGCGUAUGAACAGGAUGCACUUUAUCUUUCUAUCGCUUUCGCCUUCGGCAUCGAUGAUGCAAGUAUUGAAUGCACAGUAGGCACAAAAACGAUCCUUUCACUGCUUUACUUUAUGCAACAGCGGUGGUGAAAUUCUUCCCCUUAGCAGCUUCCGGGUUGGGGAGAUUUUUCUUUCGUGUUUUUUUUCGUUUUUGUUUUUCUCCCAAUAUAACUGAAGCACUAUUUUACGUCAGUACGUUACCUUCACCAAUGAUAUCCUCGGCUGUUCGUUGCCUGUUAUUCGUUGAAAUAUGCAACCACCACGUUUUGCAAUCGUGCUUGCGGGCGCAUGUCAACUCUUCUAUCGCGAUUGAUAUUAAAUAGGGAUGGUGUGGGUGUAUGUGCUCCUCCACGUCAAAAUUCCCUCCCAUUGCCCGGUGCACUCUCGACAAACACGGUAAUCAAACCGAUCAUAAAUUUCCGAUUCUACCUAUUUCCAGUGGCUGAUACCGGCUGGUGAUGGUUAGCGAAUUAUCCCUCAUCCGCCCCUACCCACAGUGUGCAGAUAAUAUAGAAAUUGCAAUUUUGCAAAACUAAACAAGUGGCACGCGCGCGUUAUAAUCCACAAAGUGUGAGAAAAAAAAAUAAAAUAAAUAGCGAUCACGAUGGUAUGUGAGUGGUACGGUGUGAAAAUCGAUUCGCGUGCUAUCGACCACUAAGUGUCAAAGUCGCCUAUCAAGUGCGCCAGCCAGCCAAAGCCGCUUGCUGCUAUUUGUGUGAAGUGAAGUAAGAUUAAAAUAAUGUGAUUCCGGAAACCUCAUGCCGUCGUGCAUGCAGUGUGGUCAGCAAGGAACGUAGCAGAGUGAUCGAAUACGGUGUAAAGCAUCAGCAUAAGGGUGGUAACGGGUGCAUACGUUGGUGCGCUUCAUAUCUGCAGUAUCUGUGUCUGUGUCAGUUGUGUGUGUGUGUGUGUGUGUGAAAAAAGGGGGUGCAGAAAACAAGGUGGUAGCGAAAAUAGGGUGCAAAGCUGCUAGUAAAAAUGAAGUGUAUCGUAUCGUACGUUGUUA